AUGGGUGUCUGCUGCCCGCCGGUCGCGACACUGCUUCCUGUCGUCUUCGGCGCCUCAUGUCCGGUGUUUUCUUGCGUGGGUGUUUUCAGCCCCCGGCGUUGGGAAGCCCAGCCCAGCCCAGCCCAAGCCGGCCAAGCCCGCCUUGCUGUCGCGGGACGACCUCCCGGCGACGACACUGUGCGUCAUGACAUGCGGCCACGAGGGCCAAGGCUCGGCACACGGAAUGCAGGGCUGAUCAGUGAUGAUGGUGGUGGUGAUGUUGUUCGGAUCCCACCCCUCCGCCCACACGACCCCCCCUGGUCAAACCUCCACUUCCUGGGCAACAGCAUGUUUCGGUGA